AUGGACACAAAAUCGGAUAAAGAAUCUGCAAAAACCCUCCCGGCGCCGGUCGACAGUGACAUCGAUGUUGGCGACACGAUAGAAGUGAAGGAAGGGGACAAGCUCAAACGAAAUGUAUCCCCUCACAUGGUUCAUGUAAGAAACCAAGCCAAUGGCCUAUCCUUGGGUUGUAACAUCGGGAGUGGGUUGAUGGUUGCGACAGGGAAAGCGCUACACACUGGUGGGCCUGGUAACAUGGUCCUUGGCUACGGCCUCCUUUGUACUUGCGUCGCAGCAGCCCUUCAAACGCUUGCGGAAAUGACGAUAGCUUUUCCUGUCUCUGGAAACUUCGUGAACUAUGCGCAACGCUGGCUUGAUCCGUCCUUGGCUUUCGCGGCUGGUUUCGCGGAGUGGUUGGGAUGGACGGCCGUGUCUUCUGCCGAAGCAACCGUCUUCACCGUCAUUGUGAACUACUGGGCAGAAGAUUCCGUGCAUGAAGCUGUUUGGUUGUCGGUGUUCAUGGUAUUCAUUAUCGCGCUGUUCCUUCUACCAAAUAGGUACUUUGCCUUUUAUGAGUACUUCGCAGGCUUGCUCAAGAUAUUCGGGUUGAUCAUUGUCAUAAUCGUUUCCAUCGUGAUCAUUGCGGGCGGGGGUCCCACUGGCCGCGUCCACAAUGGCGAAUACUGGAGGACUCUACCAAUUUUUGCGAAUGGUUUCCAGGGCUUCUCGAACUGCGCUCUCCUGGGGCUUUGGGCCGUCGGAGACCAAGUGUUCGUUGGAAUUCUGGCCGGCGAAGCGGAAACCCCGCGAAUUUCAAUGGGACGUGCCACAAAACUUAUUCCCUACCGCAACGCCAUCUUGUACAUGUUAAGCGUGGUAUUGUGCACACUCAUGGUCCCCAUGGAUGACGAACGCCUCUUCGGCGGCUCAGGCUCGGCGGCGUCCCCGUUCGUCAUUGCCAUGAACGACGCCGGCAUUUCCGGAGUUCCAGACUUUUUCAAUAUUGUCAUCAUGAUCGGGAUCGGAGGUGUCGCAGUUGAGAGUGUCUACAUAUCUUCGAGAGUGCUCCGUGCUAUGGCAGAGCAAGGGCUCAUCCCGAGAUUCUUGGCGAAGGUCGAUAGAAGGGGACGGCCAAGGUGGAGUUUGGCCAUUACGUUGGCCAUUGCAACAAUGCUGACUUACAUCAAUCUGUCGAGUAAGUGA